AUGCGAUUCUUCACACUUGCCUUGAUAUUCACGCUAUUCGCCUUCGUCGCCAUGGCAAAACCAAAAGGUCCACCUGAAGUCACUCGAGAAACUCGCAGCCGCAACGAAAAGCCUCCACAGAAAACGCGCUCCAACUACAUGCGACUCGGGAAACGCGCGAAUCCAAACGCUGAUUUGCUCUAUCUGGACCAGCUGAUUCUUUGA